UGACUUACAAAAUAAUCCUAGAAAAGCUGAGAUCUCUGUUGAAAGAAGGAGACAGGACCUACUCAGUCCCGUUAACAAACAGCCCCUGCUAUAGCUAGCUUUAGAAUACACGUCCACGAUAACCUGAAGAACAGAUAAGACAUAACUUACUACAAACGAAUUAUUUAAACUAAUACUAUAAAAAGUACUUCUUGUCGACGUACCUUCAAUGCCUUGAAAGACCUCGCGCACAGUAUAUGUUUACUGAAAGCUGUAACUACUGUGAUUGGUGAGCAUGUGGUCAGCUUCGGAUGUUUUCCUACUGGGACACCAACUGUACUAACGGUUUUCUUAAUACGUUAAACGCUUGCAAAUAUAUAUAUAUAGUUUUUAAUAUUUAAAAGUUUAAAACAUUUGACUGAAGAUCUCAGAGCCAACAGCUCGGGUUGAAACCCGGAACAUAUACAGUACAGUACAAGAGGAGAACAACUAAAAUAUCCGAGGAUUGAAAGGAAGAAAUCUGAUAGCAGUUGAUAAUAACGUUACAGAAACCACAGUAGCCAUGGCAACACCAGUAAUGAUAUAUGCAUGUGUUUCGAUUGGCUUACUUUUAGCCACUAACGGUGUAGUUUCUGUGAGAUUAUGUGGAAACAACCUCUCGGAAUCUUUGACAUUCUUAUGCAGUGUUCAUGGUGGAUUCUACUCCCCACAAACGAAACGUUCAGCUCCCAUGCUACUCUUGGAACGGAUAAGGAGAAGCGUUAUAAUUGUUAAUAAACGGAACAUUGUGGUCAGCCGUCGAUCUGGAGUUGCCGAGGAGUGUUGUAGAAGAUCUUGUACUCUGGAGACUCUUACGAGUUACUGCGCUUUUCCAAGAGCCACCGAAGUGUCUGCUGCUUUACGUCGACUGAAUUCUCUCAGCCGUCGUAUUAAUGGAUAUCAUGAUAUUGUACAGCUGUCCCAAAAUAUGACGUCACAGAACAAUGUUUCUGAAGAAGCGGCAUCACGAAACAGUAUGACGUCAGAAAACCGAGCACUUAAAAAACCUGCGGAAACAACACAUCGAGGAAGUUCAGGCUUAUUCGUGAAUCCUCGUACGGAACAAUAUAUCUUAGAGUAAACUACUGUAAAAAUGUGUUCCAAAGAAACCCGAAUUUCUAAAAUAUCAACGUUAAUUUCAAUGAUAUAAAGGACUUUUCAUUUUUUGUUGAGUAGUUAGCAAUGUGAAAUCUGUUUUGUGAGUAUUAAUAUUGAUAGGUCGGUAUCCUGCAUACGUUUUGAGAGAUAUCACUAUAUCUUUUAGCUAGAAAGGUACAAAAUCAAAUAUUGGAAUUUUGUUAUAACCAGUUUAUGAUAAGAGAACUGUUUUAUUUUUCAGAUAAUUAUUGUUUGUCAGUGACAGUAGUUUUAUGAACAUAAGUUUAACAAUAUGUUAUAAUUUUAGGAACAGGUCGCUGCACAUGAAAAACAACUUUUACCCCUUAAGCGCAAUGCUAUUCGUUUCCAAAUUGGACAUUAUAUACUGUGGUUUAAGCAGAAUGAGAAACCAAUUUAUCAAUCGAGUCUUUUGUGCGAAAAAGUGUAAGAUAUUUUGUAUAAACAUUCAACAGUAAAAGGAUAUUUCUUGUUAUGACACAGCUUUAGAGAGUAAUGUUUGCUUUAUAUUAUAUAUUGUGAUUUCGUAAAAUAUAUUUAUUUG